AUAUGCCGCAGAUUGCUCCAUAAGGAAUUUGUUUACACUUUGUCCUGUAUUUUUCAGUCAAAUGGUGAGAAACUGAAACUAAUGAAUUCGUCAAUAUGCGUCUGUCCACUUGGCCAGAUUUGACUGUCGGUAGUAUUUAACGAGACCGACCUUGCUGCAACUGUCUCUGUACUGGGUACCCCCAAAUAGCUUCACUGUAAACAAGAAAUUUAAUACCCUUGCGCUGAAGAAGGAAGGUCAACUCAUACAGUAGACUGUCGAGCCUAAAGGCGUGCUUGACACACGAGCUCACACAUCAAAAACACACCGACCAUCAUGUUGCUGGCCUUGCUGGUUCUCGUAUUUACAUCGCACUGCUGUGUCUCAGGAAAGAUUAAAGACGAACCAAUGCAGAUAACUUCGCUGCGAAUUCGCUCGGACAUAACCUAUCGGUACGCCUCGACUCUCAUCAGCAGCACGGUGAAGAACGUUGAGGACAAAGGCAGAGAGGCCGUGUUUGAUGUGCGUCUCCCUAAAACAGCUUUCAUCGCUAACUUCUCAAUGGUCAUUGAUGGUCAACUAUACCCAGGCGAAGUCAAGGAAAAAGAAGCUGCCGAAAAGCAAUAUGAAAAAGCCAAGCAAAAGGGGCAAAGUGCAGGAAAAGUCGUCAAGGAUAAGCCUCGUGAGACACAACGGUUUAAAGUAGUUGUCAAUGUAGCAGCUCAAAGUGAGACUCAUUUCAACCUCACAUACGAAGAACUGCUGGAACGGAAGCUGGGGAGCUACGAACAAGUAAUAUACAUCGAUCCUGGUCAGCCGGUUAAGGACAUGCGCGUUGACGUUUUUAUUCAAGAAUCGAGACCAAUAACUCGUCUUGUGGUGCCUCCAUUGAGGAAUGACAUAAUUAGCGCAGAAUUUGGCAAAGACACAGUUUCCAACCAUCUGGCGGUGAUUGACAGGCUCUCUCCUAAAUCCGCCCACGUGACCUUUCAUCCUACCGUGGAAGAACAAAUCAGUCUGGACUCCCUUAACGGUAUCUCUGCACAGUUUGUUGUCAGUUACGACGUGGAACGACAGAACGACGCAGGAGAAAUAUUGGUUGCCAACGGGUAUUUUGUUCAUUUCUUUUCACCACCGGGCCUGAAGCCACUUCCCAAAAGAAUUCUGUUUAUUCUCGAUGUCAGCAGCUCCAUGGAGGGUAAUAAAAUCAAACAGUUGAAAGAAUCAAUGUUGGCAAUUCUUAAAGAUCUUGUCGUAGGAGACGAGUUCAACAUCGAAGCAUUCUCCACGGGAAUCGAAUUCUGGAAACCAGGGCAAAUGAUGCCAGUGAACAAUGCUACCAUCAAAGCAGCCAUGGCGUACGUUGAAAGCUUAAGAGCAGAUAGAUGGACAAAUAUCAACGAUGCUCUGCUGGAGGGAUUUCAGCUUUUGGUGUCUACAAUAAAUGAUGAAAGCAACAAGGUGGCCAUAGUUGUCUUCCUAACAGACGGUCACCCGACUGUAGGAAUAACAGAUAGCAAAACUAUCCUGAAUAAUGUGAAGAAAUCGAAUGAGGGAGGCAUCUCGCUCAACACCUUAGGAUUUGGCGACAGCAUCGACAUUGACUUGAUCCAAAAGCUUGCUGCUCAGAACGUCGGCAUUUCUAGAAAAAUCUACACAGAUUCGGAUGCUGCUUUGCAACUGCAAAAUUUUUACGAAGAAAUAUCGUUGCCAGUCCUUGCCAAUGUCACCAUAGCAUACGUUGACGAUUUAGUGAAAGAAGAUUCUGUCACAAUCAGUUCUUUCCCCACUUUCUUUGAGGGCGCUGAGGUUGUGGUGGCCGGGGAACUUGUCCUCUCUAAUGUUCCCACCAUGGAUCUUUCCAUCUUUGCUAAUAAAGCGGAGGGUGAUCUUGUAAUCACGGAUUCUGUGGACAUUGAGCCUUCUCCGGCCAGACCUGACAAAGUGGUAUAUUUCACAGAGAAACUCUGGGCCUACCUGACUAUAAGGCAGUUGCUGGAACAAACUCUGGCAGAAACUGAUGCAUCCAAGGUGGGAAACUAUCGGGCUGAGGCUCUACAUUUGUCGCUUAAGUAUGGAUUUGUUACUCCACUUACAUCAAUGGUGGUGACACAACCAGACGAGGAAGAAUUGGCUGACGAUUCCGAUUCCGAUUUUGACGACUAUGAUGACGACGAUUACAGUUACUCGAACAGAGGUGGUCGUGGUGGUCGUGGUGGUGGUGGAGGAGGGGGAGGGGGAGGGGGAGGGGGAUCUUCAGGUGACAGUGACCCUCAUUUCAUCGUCCGUGUCAAAGGCGUGAAACAGGCUCUUUGUUUUGAUGUCAAGGGACAAGAUGGAGAUAUAUAUCAGCUUGUUGCUGACCAAAAGAAAGGUGUGUUUAUAAACGGAAAGGUGUUCGGUACAACUGUCAAAGUCGGCGGUGAAGACAAGUUCAGGACGUAUUUUGGUCACAUUAUGCUCAUCCACAAACCCGAACGUUUGAUUAUCACACCGACGAAGAUAAGGCUGGGCAAAAAGAGCUUCAAAUGGACAGAAAACUCUUAUUUCGAGGAGGGAGACAUCCGACUUACGGUGUUUUCGCGAGAUAACAUCACAGUGGACGUGGGUACAGGAAUCACAGUCUCCAUCGUCAAGCAUAAAUUCAAAAUAAUGAAGAUAAAGUUCCUUGGAAUUUAUAUCACCAACAGCACAGGCUUUUCCCCGGAUGUGAGCGGAAUUAUGGGUGAAUUCCAGAAUAAGAACGUCACAGUGGAUUCAUUGUAUGAUAUGGAUGGUUUGCCAAGAGCAAAGCUAAGUGUCCAUCGAGAAACUGAAAGUGUUCAGCUUGAUGUGAAAUUGGGAACUCGUUUAAACCUGGCCGAAAACUACGUGGUGCCAUGUUGGAAAAUUAGACGAGGAGGCAAGGACUUGCUUGAUUUUAAAGCUCCGAGAGAUUACUUGCUAAAGACACUAAGAAGCACAAGGGUAUUAAGACUGUCUCGUAAGCGUAAUGCCAAAACUAUGCUAUGAACAGUUAUUCAGCGUUUAUGCAUGUGUGAGCUGCGUUGCCAUGUUCAGUAUAGGUAGUUAGUGAUUUAAGGAGAUGUCACACUAAAGAAAGGAAAGAAUAUAUAUUGUUCCAUAAAUAGUCACCAGAGGUCAAUAUUUUCCACUUUGUGGCACUUGUCGCUGUGCCUUUCUCAGCCCAAGCCUGUCUUCAUGUGACCACUUCUUGUUUGGUAUACAUUGUUCCACUCAUGCCCUUGUACUGUUUGUGGCGCACAUCAUUCAGUUUAAUGGAGACGCCAAUAACUUCAAUCAACCAACCGAUUAGCCCAAGCGUGGUUGUGUUCUAUUUAGUGCGUCCAUGUUGCGCCCAAGACUUUUCUUGUAAAUCCAUAGAUUGCACUGUAUAUCAUGGAAGUAUCAAAAAAGCCGCAAAGAACGGGGAUGUCUAGCAGCAUUUGAGGUAUAAACGCUUGAAAACGAUUGACCAGCUUCACAACCGAUAAACGGUUAUUCUUGUCGUCAUUUGUCUAGCUGCUCAGAUAUUGUCUUGGACGGUGGGAAUAGCGUGUGAAAAUGGUUGAUUUCCAGCAUAUAAACGUUAUCGGUCAUAGACUGUAUGAUAUAGUGAAUGUGAAUCUUAGGGAGUCCUGUCACUACAAGGUGAUCAUAUUAAAGGACACGAAAGGACAUGUAUUACAAAAAUGCUCAUUUAAUCUUUCUCAAGGAAAGUCUUCAUUCGUAUAUACGGGAGGAGAGGUCAGGGAUAAAUUGCAUGUUAGUAUGUUAUUGUUGUUCAAUAAAAUUCUGCAAUU